CAAUGCCGGAGGAUUACGCAGCGCAAAGCAGAGCAGAGCAACAACCAAACGCAGGAUUGGAAUCAGAUUUCGCCGGCGGGAAGAAGAUCCGAUCCCCGUCCCUCAAUCAGGCGGCCGCCUCCGAUAUGGACGGUCAUCAUGCUUCUCUCGGCCGUCGGACGCUGGAGGAGAUACGCCAGAAAAGAGCCGCUGAAAGAUUGGGCAAAGCUUCUUCUGGCCCGGAUCUUACCAAGGCUGCUUCGAGUCCGAAUGAAUCCACAGCAGGGAUGAGGAAAUCGGAGAGCGGAAAUCGGCUCUCAGAGACCGAUGUUAGCGGUUUAGUCUCUCAGCUGAAAGACCAACAGAGGAGGAAUCUAGAGCUGGAGCAGGACAACAAAAGACUAGCAUCACAGCUUCAAGCAAAGGAACUGGAAAACGAUGCCCUGCUUCGGCAAUUGAAUGAUCUGGAACAGACCACUGUUCCAUCCUUGAGAAAAGCUCUGAAGGAUGUGGCUGUGGAGAAAGAUGCAGCAGUUAUUGCACGGGAGGACUUAGCAACCCAGAUUCGAACACUUAAGAGACAAUUGAAGGAAGCUGAAGAAGAGCAAUACCGGGCUGAGGAAGAUGCAGCAUCUUUGAGAGCAGAACUUAACUCAAUUCAACAAGCAGCAAUGAGUGGUCAGUUUGGUGGGGCGUCCCCUUUAGGAACUUCUCCAGAUCAUUUGCAAGCCUUGGAAAAGGAGAUAGCUAGGCUAAAAGCUAUCUUACAGCAAGAAUCUUCGUUGAGACAACAAGAGAGAGAAAAGUUUGUAGAGGAGCAAGCUCGAGCUUCUGCAAUGCUGUCCGAGAAACAAGCCUUGGAAGAGAAAUUGAUGGAGCUAUCCAGGAAGACCCCGGUAGUCUCAGAGACUGUGGUUAAAGGGGCAUUUUCAGUGGAAGAUAAGGAGAAGCUGGAAAAACAGUUGCAUGAUAUGGCAGUUGUGGUUGAGAGACUGGAGGGUAGUAGACAGAAACUUCUUAUGGAGAUUGACUCCCAAUCUUCAGAGAUAGAGAGGCUAUUCGAGGAAAACUCGAACCUUCUAUCAUCUUAUCAAGAAGCAAUGGCUGCGGUGGUCCUGUGGGAGAAUCAGGUGAAAGACUGCCUCAAGCAAAAUGAAGAGCUCCGUGGAACUGUAAACAAAUUGAGAAUCGAACAUGCCAGUGAGCCUCGUAAAGCCGGGUCUGCAGAGACAAGUUCACCCGCAUCUAUGACUGAGUCUCUCUCUCUAAAGGGUGAACUUGCCAAAGAGCAGAGCAGAGCGGAGGCCUUAUCUGCCGAAGUUAUGCAGCUCUCUGCACGUCUUCAACAAACCACACAAGCGUAUAAUGGCCUGGCUCGUGUCUAUAGACCUGUUCUGCGAAACAUCGAGAAUAAUCUCAUCAAAAUGAAGCAAGAUGGAUCUCUUACGGCGCAGUAGGACAAACCUUAUUCGUCUCUUUCCAUUAGACAUUCUUUCUUCCAGAGAGCCUAGGCUGCGAAGCCCGUGUCAUCUGUAUUGCUUUUGUUGGAUUAUCGAGUUGGGUCCACUUUGCUCAGAAUUUGCAUGAAUUGAAGGACCCGGGCCUGUCUGAAGCACGAUAGCAUGAUGUUCAAUGUUUUUGACCUGUAAUUCUAGAAUCUAGUUGGAGCUAUAGCAUAUUUAAAUUAUAUUUCCAAUAAUUAUAUUAUUAUUGCCACCGCAUUAUCUAUACGACUA